UUCGCGUCGCGUCGCCAGGAAAAAAAUCCCGGGAAACAUCUUUCGAAGGAAACCUGAACUCUGAGAGCUUGGGGUUGUGUAUUGGUGGGUGGCUGGAAAGGAACCAGCGAGGUGAAGGAGGAAGAGGUUUUUUUUGGAAGAACCUGUUACAGCAGCAGCAGCGUCCAGGGUCAAGGUGCCGCGCGCGCGAAAGAGAGCAAAACGCGUCGCGAGUGAGUGGGUGGAGGAAACGACCGAGUGCGUUUUGUUGGGGCUUGUUGUUCUAGCUCUAGUUGCUAGAGCAGCUGAAUUAGUGCGGUGCGGUGUCUAUCUUCGGAGGAUUCUGAAGGAUAUCCAUAGUUUUGGACCUGAUUCAAAUCCGGAGUGCUUUUUUUGGUUUUGUUUCAAGAGUGCUCCUACAGAGCUAUCAAGUGAUUGCCUGCAGCAGCAGCUGAAAAUCUCAACCAAAGUGCGGGAAUCUAUUUCGGGAGAUCUUUGAGCUUAAUUACCCCAGGGAUUUGCGAGAUUUCAAGGGGGUGUGGACCGCACGGUCCCUUUUAAGCAGAUCGGAUCUGGUCCCGUGAUUCCAUCUGAACGUGGGGACAACGCGAAACCGUGUCCUAUCUUGGCCGUCGACGUCGCGACGUUCUUUAGGACUAAGUAGUGGUGCUGCGUUGAAAAGUGUGGGUGGAUGCAUCCGGUUGUGAAGCGGCCUUCAAGGUGUUCGCCAGCCAAAGUGUAAACAAGAAACGAAGUUCUACACAGAGUCAACAAGGCGAUCGGUGGCUAAAGGAUUCCACCCCCAGCAAAAUUGGUUUAUAGGCUGCAGGCGCAUAAAACGAGAAGAAAAAUCCAAAGCUUCUCAUCGGUUUCCCACGGGCGGAUUUUUCCACCCUUUCUUGGAUGGUUUAAAAGAUAACGCCACCCCCCGGGGGAAGAUCCGCGUUUCGCACGGAACGGCACCGAUAAUUUACGAGCUUAUUUUGCUGCCGUUAUUGGUUUGGGGGGCUCCUCGAAAACAGUUCCGCCACUAAAAGUUUUUGGUUGUGUGUUCCAAAAUUUGUGUGUGUGCAUUUGCGUGUAUGUGUGAGCUGCUAAACGUUGUAAGUGGCGUUGCAGAAAUUUGCCUCCCGCGGGUGCCAACAAGUGAAAAUUAUUACUACCAAAAGCAGUAAAAAAUAAAAUAAAAUUAAACGACGGGCAGUGGCUGUGAUUUUGUGUUGUUUCGUUGUUGGGAAUUCUUCGAUAAAAUCUGAAAAUUUCACCGAAUCGACGGUUGCCGCAAUUUGGUUCAUCUCCUUUGUGUUAGUGAAGCCGGACGGAGGAAGCAAGUUAAACAAAAGAAAAAUGGCGUUUCGACGCGGGUUGCAGAUUUUCGGGGGCAGAUCCUAUCAUCAUCAUCAACAACAUCGCUACUGCUGCUGCUGCUCGAGCUCGUGGCCGGUGAUGGAAAUAAGUGGUUUAAAGUGAUUGAUCCGGUUUACGGGUGGGUUGGCCGUUUUUAGCCAGCAAUCUUCCAAUAAAUUUGUGGUUGUGAUAGAAGAAACGACGACGGCGACGAGUGGGCGGGCAAGUGAAGUGGAAGGAAAAACAAAUUGGUUUGUCGGUUUAUCGUGUAAGGUUAGAAGUUGAUUGAAUUGAGCCCAGCCCCGAUAAAGAGCAACAAGCAACAAGUUUAUUGGUAGUGCAUUCUUCAGUUUGGUUCUGGUGAAACACGAAGCGUCUCGAGCUUUUAGGAUACUCUGAUGUGAGGAAAAUGGCCACAACCUAUGGGCGAACUGGACAGAUUUCCAAUUUGGUGCAGCAUCGUUCCGAGCAGCAGCAGCAGCAACAACAACAACAGCAGCAGCAACAGGCGGUAGUGGCCAUGGGGGGCCAAUCGGCCAUGGGGGUGGUCACUUCGGUGGCUUCGGCAGGACCGAAUCUGGUCGAAAGGACGAUGCGAGCAAUCGGGAGGGUGGGCCAGGCCGUCAAUCUCGCAGUGGAAAGAUUCGUGACGGUGGGCGAAACAAUUGCGGAUGACAAUCCAGAAAUCAAGCAGGACAUGUACGAUGCCUGCAAGGAAGCACGGGCAGCUGGCUCAUCGAUAGAGCGUUUAUGUGAUAUUGCGGCAACGGAUCCGGUCGGCUACUCACCCCGGCCAACGCCAAUUGACGACAGAGGGCCCAUGAUUCGGGCGGCCAGGACCCUGCUAAGCUCGGUGACCCGGGUUCUGCUGCUGGCCGACAUCGUGGUCGUAAAACAGUUAUUAUUAGCCAAAGACAGGGUAACUAGAACUUUAGAUAGAUUAGAAUCAGUGGCCAACUUUACAGAAUUUGUGAAAGCUUUCUCGGUAUUCGGCGCUGAGAUGGUGGAACUUGCACAUGUGACAGGUAACCGACAAAAUGACCUGAAAGACGAACGCCGGAGAGCGCAAAUGUCCUCGGCCCGGCAGGUUCUGGAGCGUUCCACGAUGAUGUUGCUGACGUCUUCGAAGACGUGUCUGAGGCACCCGGAGUGCGCCUAUUCCAAGGAAAAUCGAGACACCGUGUUCUGCCAAAUGCGUCGAGCGAUGGAUCUGAUCCACUAUGUAGUCAAGGAUGGCAUUCUGGAAACGGCCAACGAACGCAAUGCACUGAGACAGGUCCCCGAAUGGGAUUCGGAGCGAGCGACAGCCUUCACCUGUUUGCGACACUUUUCUCGACUGUUGGAAAUGUCCCGGCCCGAUUACGACCGCCGCUCGGCCGGCAAGAGUAACUCCGGGGCAGCCGCUCAACCUCCACCCUCCUCGCACCAACAACAGGUCAGCAGUUCCGGUUUCGGUCCGCCGCCGCUCACUUCCAAGGAUUGCAUUUCGCCAACCUCGCUGCGGGACAAGGAAACUGGCAUCGAAUACGACCAGCGGCGACGGGAACUCACUCGACGAAAUAGCGAACGCGACCGGGAUCGUAACUCGAUCGGCCAUUCCAGAGAGUAUAGUACUAGGGAACGCGAGUUCCCCAAAUAUGACAAUAAAUCUGAACUAGGAAUCUUAAUAUUUUCCACCGAUACCCGGGAGCAGCUUCUGGCUGCGCUAGACAAGGUUUGUGAAAAGACUCAGGACUUUACCGAUUCGGCUUACACGAGCCAUGACCAUCGGGAGAAUAUCCUUCUGCUGUGCGACCGAGCGAAGCUUGAGCUGAAUCAGCUCCUACGAAUCGCGAUGAGCAUGGAGCAGUAUCCGAAUGCUUCUUAUGACAUCGACAGUGCCAUCGAGAGUGUACUGAACGCGGCCCACGAGCUGACCAUACAGCUCACGAUGACGGCCCAGGACCAAUCGGCCGAAGUUAAUCACAUCAUCAAGUCCGGCAUCGAUAUUGCCAACUCGCUCAGGAACAUUGCCUUAAAUCAAGAGAUCGACCGGCUGCAGGAGUGUGCGGAUCGGUUUCACGAGCAUAUCGAUCACGUAUUAGAGGUCUGCAAGCUACUCCGUCAGAUAGCCCUCACCGAAACCCUCCAGGUACAAGCCAAAUUUACCGAAAUCAAUGUCCGGAUCUACGGGCCCCAGGUCAUUACGGCGGCCAGGGCCCUGACCUCCCAUCCGCAGAGCAAAAUUGCCAAAGAAAACCUAGAGGUGUUUGUCGACAUGUGGCAGUGGCUGUCGACCGAUGUGACAACAAUCACGAAAGAAGUCAUCGAUUUGGCUCAAAGUUCCAGCAAAGGGGACAAAACCACCGAGUAUCUAAGUCUUCCGAGACCGGGGAAACAUGGAACAACCUCGAAACCACUCAAACCGACUCGGCUGGAUUCGGAGGAGCAGGAGAAGAUUGCCAAAACGGGGCUGGAGAUGAAAAUGGUGACCAACGAGAUGGACGCCGAGACGGACAAGUGGAACGGAGCCUCGGAGGAGAACAAUGACAUUGUUAAGAGAGCGAAAAACAUGUCAUCGAUGGCGUUUUCCAUGUACCAGUUCACCCGGGGCGAGGGCAGUCUCCGGACAACGCAGGACCUCUUCACCCAGGCUGAGUACUUUGCUGAGGAAGCGAAUCGGUUGUACAAAGUGGUGCGCCAAUUCUCCUAUCAAGUCCCGGCUGGUCCGGCCAAAAAAGAGCUGCUGGACCAUCUGGACAAAGUGCCAACCUACGUGCAAACCCUUCAGUUCACCGUCAAAGAUUCAACCGUCGGAAAGGCGGCCACUUUCGUGAAGGUGGACCACGUCAUCAACGAAACCAAAAAUUUAAUGAACGUCAUCAGCAAGGUGGUUUCGACUUGCUUCGAAUGUGCCAGCAAGAUAUUCGAGCUGACCGGGAUGCCUUUCGACAACCGGUUGAUCAACAUCCCGGUCGUGGCCGCUCCGAUUGUAUCCGAACAGCACCAACUUGGCGGAAGAAAGUCCUACAAAGACAAGUAUAAGCUAGAUUUCAGCGGCCUGGCCGGUCGGGCAGCCAGCGGAGGGGCCCGGGACGAAGACGGCGGUUCCGGACUGGCCGGCGAGAGCAAGGGCUCAUCGACAGGAACCGAGGCGAGCAUGUGACAGUACGGGAUGGCCCGCCGGGGCGUUAAAGGUGAUGCCCGGCGGACCCGAGUCUCCUUCCUGCUAUUUUAGAAUAAGCAUUAAACAUUACAUAUGACCGUAUUUAUCGAAUUUAUAUUCCAUACUUGUGUACGUUUGAUGAUUCUCGUGUACUCCUAGAGCAGACAAAACAGUUCCGGCAACGAAAAAAUUCCCAGCAGAACCCUUUACCAAAAAAGUAAGAAAAAUACAAACAGGUAGAAACGAUUCUAAAUAGCAACCAAAACCCAACUAGCUAAGAAACAAAAAAAAAGCAGAACCAACAAACUUCGAAGAAACGAAAA